CGAUAAAAAAACAAAAAUACAAUGCUAUAAAUUAUACACAAUUAUUUAAAUUCCAUAAACAGGGGAGAAAUUGUAUUAUAUGGAAAGGGCUCAAUAGACUUGUUUUGCAGAGCAGUAAUAAAUUUAAAAAAGAAUCCUGUGACACCUGUGAAAACUGACAACUCUGUUGACAACUUCAAUGUUGAUCAAGUUUCUAGUUUAUUUCAUACUUCUAAAUGCUUAAUUAGCAAAGCGCACCCCGUAUAAUGUUUCGAAGACGCCGAUAUGACCGCCGCCGUUUUGACAAGGUGUAGAGUGAGUUCGGAACAACUGGAUCUGCUUUUGUCGUUUAUGGAAGAUCAUCCUGACUUUGCCGCGGGAAAACAAUCUAUUUACUCUCGAUUUAGUUCGUGUAAGUUGUGGCGGCUUCUAGCGGAGCGCUUGAACGCGGUAGCUGCAGGCAGUGGCGGCGCACACAAAUCUCCCGAUAAGUGGUGUCGGUAUUGGGCCGACAUCAAAUAUAAAGCGCGAAAGAAGUCUGCGGCGGGCGGCGCGCUCGGGGACCUGUCGAGCGCUGAGGAGCGUCUGCAGAACAUAUUCAACAACGGAGGACGGGAUAUCACAACGGGUAGCGGUAGACGCGGCAGUCACUCAGACGAAGAACGCAAACCCACGCCUUUAGAGGACGACAUGCGGUCUGAAGACUCUGCGACUGGUGGCGGCGAGGGUACACGCCUUAAUACUGAGGAAUUGCUCGCCGAAGCCGCAUUACGUAGCGCACUUGCAGCAGAGAAACAAGCAGAGGCCGUAGUGCAAGCAGUGGAUUUGUUGCGCGACCUGGUAACACUACUGCGCGAGCGCGUGCCUGCGCCGUCGGUCGCUGCCACGCACGCCGCGCACGCGCCGCACUCCGCGCACGCUGCCCACGCCGCUCAUCCCGCGCCUCUCGUAGAGCAUGCGCUGGCGCCGUUGCAGCACCACGUCACACAGCACCUCCGUCUCUAAUCAUCGGCGUCGAGCUGCGGCGCGCGCCGUGUCCGCCAGAACAGUCGCCGAAAGGCCCAGGCGCGUUGCCACGUCCUCGUACACCUCGUCGGCGCGCACGCGCGCUCUCGCCGCGCCCAGCCGCAGCACGUCGCGCAGCACUGCGGGCCGCUCCAGCAGGCGUGCGGCUCGCUCUCGCACGGGACGUAUGGCUGAGCAAAGCGCGGAGGCGACGACUCGCUUAUAUUGAGCUGUUGUCAAGCCCUCUGCUUCUUCCACCGCCUCUUCGGGCAGCUUAUCUUCGGCAAGGCAAUGUAACAUCACCAGAUUCGACACGCCCGGCCUCGACUCCGGGUCGAACGUCACCUGAAAUAUAAUUACGUUUAGUAAGGAAUAUUCUGUCCUUUGUAAAACUAGGAUAUACAUAAAAAAAUAGAAACAUCCCUGUUGAUCACACGUCGCGACGCGGUGACACUAACCUGAGGCGUAAAAUCGGUUACGGCUUUUCUCACUUUCAGUUCGAUGACAGAGUCGGGGUCGCUUAGCAGAAUCCGCGACUUGGGAUCGGAGUCCGAUUUGGACAUUUUCUUGGUAGGAUCUCGUAGACUUCUCAACCGCUCGCUACCAUCCCCUGUGAAGCGCACAUCGUCAAACGACCAAUAGUAGAAAACAGGGAUAUGUUGAUGAAGCAACUAAAUCCACCUGAUAGAAUGGCUUGCGGCGUGGGGAAAACUCGUCCGUAGCGGUGGUGGAAGGUGCGCACGAGCUGCGCCGCCACUUGCAGGUGCUGCAGUUGGUCGAUGCCCACGGGCACGUGCGUGCCGCGGUACACCAGCACGUCUGCCGCCUGCACACGUGCAUCACCAAUUUCACCCAUUCAACUAUUAAAUGUUAAUGAUUGCA